CAUCAUCAGUAUUAUAUCAGUUAUCACUUAUCAUACAAUAGCUCUGCACAUAAUAUAAGUUAUAACUACAAAAUUGCAUUCUGUGAUUAGUACCUAUACAUGUCAUUGUAAGACCGUGUCCAGUGGAAUCAAUGGACCUAAUGAAAAUCGAACACACCAAUUUAAGCACAAACACUUAGCAUUUAGAUAUGCAGCAAACAGGUCCAACUUUAAUUGACGAACCAAUUAUGGAUGUUCCCAUACCCUGUAGAGUGAUCGGUACUAUUAAUAUGCUGUUUUGUUCUUUUUCAAUUGUUUCAUUAUUAAUGUAUACGUUAAUAAUUUUAUAUAAUUGCCGUGUUUGCGAACACAAUGAUAUGUCAUGCCGAAAUAUGUGUGAAAUUGACACUAAACAUAAGAUAGGUUCAUCGAUACUUUUAAUUUUUUGGAUGUAUAUGUUCCUAAUCAUUGCGUUUUUUAUAAAAAUUAUUGUUGUCAACAAUGGCUUAAGAUCUUUUGACUUACCCACAGGUGGAAAAAAAAUGGAGUUAUGGGUGCAUUAUCAUAAGAUUUUCCUUAUAAUUUGUCUUUUAUCCAUAACAUUUCUAGGUAUGAAAAAUAUGAUUGGAUAUAAUUUUUACCUUUUUUACUAUGGAAUCACAACAAUAGCUUUAAUAGUAGAGUUGAUCGUUAUUGGGAAGUUCAACAAAGAGUAUAUGAUUUCAACUGAUCGCUAUAGUAGUGAUGUUUGGUAUUUAAACAUCUAAAAUAUCGAAGAAUCGGCAACAACAAUCGAUGUUACGUAAAUAAAAUUAUGUUAAUUAGCUUUUUAAAUUUUUAGUUUUAUAAUGUACCAAAAACAAAAUACUUAAUGGUACACGUAAAUUAUUUAUUAUUAUGUAUGAUAUUUAUAAUUUAUUAUAAAUUGAAUAUAAUUAACCAAAAAUGUGUGCAUUUACGGGAUGUGAGAUUUAAUUUAAAAAUUAUCAUUAUAAUUGAUUAUAUCAUAGAUGAGGUACGUCGAAUAUAGACCAUUUUUUUUUUUUGCUCAAUUAUAAAAAUAAUGUAAAUCAAAUGCCAUUUGUUAUUUAAAAUUGUGAAUUAUUUUCAUGCACCAUUUAAGUGUUACCUAGUUUUUUUUAAAUGGUUGGACUUUGAAAGUAAAAUUUGUCAACAUUUUUUCUUUAAGAUACAAAAAAGCUAAUUUAUUGGAUGUUCCAAAUAGAGUUUUUGCCAGAUAUUCGGCAUCCCCUGUAGCACAAAAUGCAUAACACUUCUCUCCACAUCAUCCAUCUAUACAUACAUCUACUUCUGACGCCACACCUUUUUGUAUCACCGAACAUAAUUACUUAUAAGACUGCAUUUAUUACAUUUUACAAGUUAUUCCCAGGGGUUAAAGUGGGGGGGACACAAUAGGACUCAGUCCCCCUACCUCUGACGGCGGUUAAAAGGUGUCCCCUUUAACAAAUUAGGAUUUUAUACAUUAGACAUUAUAUAUAAAAUUAUAUAAUAUACAACGCUUAGAACUAUAUGGAGACAUUAGUCCCCUCUGGAAUUUUUUCCCACUUUAAACCCUGGUUAUUUCCCAAAGUAAGAAUACGCUAUAUUAAAACAUUGUAAAAAAAAAAAAAUAACAAUUUUACAUAUCUUUAAAAGUUUAUGUUGUUAAGAUAACUGCAUAAGAGUCGUUUAAAAUAAUAAUCUAAAGACUAAAUUUUGAUUUGAUUCUUUAGAAUUUGGAUGCCUACUAAGACUUUACUGUAGGUACUUCACGAAAUAACUUUAUAUUCCUUAUAAAUAAUCUUUCAUAUUAAGUGCAUGUAAUUCCACGAUCGACGCAUCUCCUUCAAUAUUAUAAUAAGUGUGAAGUUUACUGCAUCUGUUAAAAUAUAUUUUAUUUUGUAAAUCAAUUCUCUACAAAUAUUUUUUUUAAUUUAAUCGUUGUAAAAAAAAAGAAAAAUGUUGUAAUCUGAUACUGCGGAAAGUUCUCAGUGGCCCACGUAAUUAUGAUAGCAGUAAUAUUACUAUCAUAUUUUAUAA